AUGACGUCGCACGAAGGCAAGGGGAGACGUCGCACGAAGGCAAAGGGAGACGUCGCACGAAGGCAAAGGGAGACGUCGCCCGAAGGCAAAGGGGGGGGCGUCCCCCGAAGGCAAGGGGAGACGUCGCCCGAAGGCAAGGGGAGGCGUGACCCAAAGGCAGAGGGAGACGUCGCCUGCAGGCAAGGGGAGACGUCGCACGAAGGUAAAGGGGGGACGUCGCACGAAGGCAAAGGGGGGGCGUCCCCCGAAGGCAAGGGGAGACGUCGCCCGAAGGCAAGGGGAGGCGUGACCCAAAGGCAGAGGGAGACGUCGCCUGCAGGCAAGGGGAGACGUCGUACGAAGGCAAGGGGAGACGUCGCCCAAAGGCAAGAGGAGACGUUGCCCAAUGGCAAUGGGAGACAUCGAAAGCAAGGGGAGACGUCCAACGAAGGCAAGGGGAGACGUCCAACGAAGGCAAGGAGAGACAUUGCACGAAGGCAAGGGGAGACGUCUCACGAAGGUAAGGUGAGACGUCACCAGAAGGCAAGGGGAGACGUCGCACGAAGGCAAGGGGGGACGUCGCCAGGAAGCAAGGGGAGACGUCGCACGAAGGCAAGGGGAGACUUCGCACGAAGGCAAGGGUAG